UUCCGGCACAUCUCUACUUAUUACACGCUUAAUAAUGCAAUUUUUAAUUUUGAAUGUACAUAAUAAUUAAAGUAUUUCAUUACAAAAACAGCAAUAAUAAUAGCUAAAUAGAAAGAUAAGUUUAAAGUUCUGUUUAAAUAUCAGCAUGUCUGUUGGAAAAAAUUUAUUCAUAGUAACUGGAGCGAGCAGAGGCUUCGGUCAAGCAAUAGCAGAAGUUCUUUCAGAUACUAUACUGAAAAAGUCUGCAGAUGAUUCAAAAGUUAUUUUACUGGCAAGAAAUUACGAAGGAUUAAAGCAUACAGAGGCAAUUAUUCGAAAAAAAAUUAAGCUUAAUAUUACAAUUGAUAAUUUAUGUUGUGAUCUGUCUAAACCAGAAGAAGUCGAGGCAAUCAUACCAAAAAUGUUAGUUUCACCAGUUAUUAGUUUUGAUAAUAUUUACUUUUUUAAUAAUGCUGGUUGUAUUGGAGAUGUGUCUAAAUCACUAAUUGAUUAUAAUAAUUAUCCAGAAAUUCAAAAUUAUUUUAACACUAAUGUUGUUUCAGCUAUAUUGAUUAUUUCUAAAGUUUGUAAUUAUUAUUAUAAUGUAAAAAAAUAUGUCAUUCAAAUAUCUUCUUUAGCAGCAAUCAAACCACUAAGAUAUUCUGGUUUAUAUUGCUGUGCAAAAGCAUCCAUGGAUAUGUUUAUGAAAAGUUUAAACUUUGACAUCCCAUGCAUUCGUACUUUAAAUUAUGCUCCUGGUCCAAUGGAUACAGAUAUGGCAAAAGAACUUUUAUGUAACUCUGGAGAUAAUGAAACAAAGAAAAUAUUUGAAAAUCUUUAUAAUGACAAAAAAAUAAUUGAUCCUCGUGAUUCAGCUAAAAAACUAAUAACUAUAUUAGAACAAGAUAAAUUUUUAUCUGGAAGUCACAUUGAUUUUUAUGAAAUUUAAUAUAUUUUAUUGCAA